GCCAGUCAAUGAGGAGGGCCCAGGCUCUGUCCUCUACUCUGGCUGCUGCCUCCAGACUCUCAGUCAUGAUCCACCAACCAGGGAAGGACCAGAUGCACACUAAUGCCAUGCUGGUGGACCAGGUGGAUGACCUGGAUAUAAAGUACCGUUCACCAGUGAAGGAGGAGGUGAGCUCUGUGCCACAGAGGAACAACCCUGCCUGGGACUCCUUCUUUGGAAGUCUCCCUGGCUCCAUGGCUCCUCACGGGGACCAGGCCUUCCCCCUUCCUUCCUCUCCCUUGGCCUACCCCUUUCCUUUCUCUGGUGGUGGAAAUAGGGGGAAGAUCCAGCCGUCCAUCUCCCUCUCCUCUGGGCUCAGUCACAGAGGAACCAGUCAGCCUGAGAAGACCUGUGUACUGAGUUCCAGUCUGGAACCAGUAGAGUGUGACAGUUGGGAGGAGGACACCCUGUGCCAGUCUCCCCCCUCCCUCUCCAACUUCUCAUCUCCCUGGCAACGCUCCGACCUGCAUACUAGCUCUGGGGACGAGAGGGACUCCUUUGACAACUCGUUGCACUUCAACCGUACACACUCUAACUAUUCACACACACCUUUCAAGGAUCAGUCAGACCCGCAGCUUCGUCUGCGCUCUUACUCCUACUCCUCCCCCAAGACCCAGCUUUCACGCCCACUGUUCACCCGAGAUGCAGCGAUCUCUGACCUGACAGAAGAGCAUAGAGACUUCAACUUGACUGAGACACCCAAAGAGAAGAGGGAUGUGGGUUUCCGUAAGAGGGUCCAGUCUGCUGAGGACGAAGGCAGCUCGUCAUCAUCACUCCAACACCUCACCCUCUCAGAGUUCCUCAAAGAGAUUGAGGACGAGGAGUGGGAUAAAUACAUAAUUCCCUCCAAAGUUGAGUCAGAGAAAUACAAAGUCAGCAGAACCUUCAGCUUCCUGAAGAGCAGGAUGUCCAGCCCACGUAACAAGAUCAAGGUGAAGGAGGGAAAAGAGAAGGCUGGAAAGGAGAAGACAGGAGCAACUAACGUACACCAGUUUGUGCCAGUCUCUCCCUCAGGACCCUCUGGGCUGUCUGUAUAUGUGGCCUGUGACAAGCCUGUCCCUGGGAAAGAGUUUCUGCAGUGUACCAACUGCUCUCUGAGUGUCCAUAAGGGCUGUCGUGACUCGACUGCAGCCUUUGGGAAGAGGCCUCUGGAGAAGAAUGUGGCGAUGUUAAAGUCCAAAUCUCUCCCACACAUGAUGAGGGAGGGUUCCCCUGCCUCCCUCACCUCUUCCUCCUCCCUCCUUACCAUGCUGCCCCGAGGCAGAAAAUAUAUGACUGCUCCCCUAUCUAAGAGCCCCUCUGAGUCUACAGACAGGAGGCUGAAGGAUGCUGUGGGGGUCAGUGUGGACAGUGACGUGUGGAACAGCUGCUCCCUUAAUGAAGAGGGUGUACAGGUCACAGGGACCGCAUCAUCCACAGACUACCAUCUCACCACACAGGAGUCGGUUGACACCCCCCUGCUCAGCGACCUAUCGGCUGACCUGGUGGGGUUUGAGGUGGAGUCCUGGAGUCUGGCCGUCACAACUGAGUUCUGCAGAAAACACGACAAACACACCGUCAAACGUCAGGAUGUCAUCUACGAGCUGAUGCAGACAGAGUUGCACCACAUCCAGACACUGACGGUGAUGUCCGAGGUGUUUCGUCGAGGGAUGCUGGAUGAGCUCCAACUGGACUGGGAGUGUGUGGCUCGCAUCUUUCCCUGUCUGGAUCCUCUCCUGCUCUUCCACAGGAAUCUCUUCGGAUCUCUACAGGAGCGGCGAUACGCUUCAGCUCAGCCCGGACACCCACACAACUACUGCAUCCACAGUAUAGGGGAUAUACUGUUGCAACAGUUCUCAGAAGACAACGCUGUGAAGAUGAAGCAAGUGUACGGAGAGUUUUGUAGUCACCACACGGAGGCUGUCAAAGUCUUCAAAGAGCUGCAGCAGCAGAACAAGAAGUUCCAGGUGUUUGUCAAACAACAGAGUAACAACUCUCUGGUCAGAAGAAGGGAGGUGCCAGAGUUCAUCCUGUUAGUGACUCAGCGCAUCACCAAGUACCCUGUACUACUGGAAAGGAUACUGCACUAUACACCCGAGGGCAGUGAGGAGCACACUGAGCUGUCGCGGGCACUCACUCAGGUGCGUGACAUCAUCACUGCAGUGGACACGAGUGUGAGCAAGUACGAGAAAGCCCAGGAGCUGCAGGAGGUGUUGAGUCGCGUGGAGAACAAGAGCCUUUCCAAGCUGAAGAGCGGCGAGGUGUUCCGCAAGGAUGACCUGCUAGGAAAACACCAACAGAGGGAGCUGCAGCACAAGGGACUUGUCUACUGGAAAACCGCUACGGGACGACUGAAAGACACGCUGGCUCUGCUGCUGACUGAUGUCCUGGUGUUCCUGCAGGAGAAGGACCAGAGACUCAUAUUUGCUGCCGUGGACCAGAAGCCCCCAGUCAUCCCCCUGCAGAAGCUAAUUGUGAGAGAGGUAGCCAAUGAGGAGAGAGGGAUGUUCCUAAUCUCUGCCUCCUCAGUGGGGCCUGAGAUGUACGAGGUUCACACCUUCUCGAAAGAAGAGAGGAACGCCUGGAUGAGACACAUACGACGGGCCGUAGAGAGUUGUCCUGAGGAGGAGGAAGAGAGAAGUGUUGAGACUGAGGUCAGACGGAACACUGAGCUGAGAGUUCAGAAUAUCUACAAACUCCAAGACACCCUGGCAAGUCACGACCAGCGUAUCUGCAGUGGUCUGGAGGAGAAGCUACAGCUGUAUGCCGAGCUGACAGAGUUAACUCUUCAUACACCAGAGCCCCUGCCACAGCACCACCUACUGGUCCAACCAGACCCUGAUGCUCAAAUGCCACCGCAGACCACUGCACUACUCACAGCUGCACUCACAGAGGCGGAGAAGCUGAUGUCUACCUUGCAGGCCAGUGAGGCCCACACUGAGCCCAGCCACAGCCCCCCUGUCAGAGUCCCAGAGUACUGCAGCUACAACAGCCAUUGCAGGAUCCAGGAGUCACCCGCUGAGUUGGACUAUCCGAGCACGCUCAGUGUGUGCUCGGCUUCUCUGGUGUCGGAUGGCGAGUGGGCAGGGCCAGACACCAUCUUGUGGCACUCUAUAACCGAGCUGAGGAGAAGAGACACCAAUGGAGCACCAAUGAAGGUGGCAGAGAGUGUCCUGAGCCUGACCCAGCUGCUCUACAGUCUGCAGGCAGCUGUGACCAUCCAGGACAGCUGGUAUGAGGUUCAAAAGCUCCUCCUACUGGAGCUAGAGCACCCGCUCCCGCACACGCCCUCCUGUCUCCAUGGCAAUGUGGCCCAGGAGCAGGAGAAACAGCGGAGUACUGAGAAGAAAAAGGAGGAGGUAGAGAGGAUGAGUGUGGAAAGGAGGAGAGAGGAGGUGGAGGGGAUUCAGAAGCUACAGGGGAGGCUGAGACAGGACCAGCAGCGCUGGGAGAGAGAGUGCCUGGCCAGGGAGAGACAACAGGGGGAGAAGGUGAGUCUGUUGAAGCAGCGCGAGCGACAGUGCCACCUGGAGGCUGAGAGCCUGCGCCGCGAGCGGGAAGAGCUGGAGCAGCAGCUGUUGGAGUACCAGCAGAACCUAGAGAGGCUGAGGGAGGGUCAGAGGAGCAUGGAGAGGGACAGGGACAGGGUGGAAGCCGAGCACAGGCUGCUCCAGAGCUGGAGACACAACCGCCAGAGCUCCCUGCCUAUUAUGAUAUCGCUGGACCUGGAACAGGUGUCCAACCACAGUCGGUCAGGCAGCCUGGACGGCAACGAGGCUGCUCUUCUUCAUUCCCUCCAACAGAAUCGUCUCCACCACAACCAGCACCAGCACCAGAGCCUCCACUCUGGCCUGAGAAAGAGCCAGGACAGCCCACUCCAUAGCCCCAACCUGAGCCUCAGGCCCAGCCUCUAUAACAGCCUCAACACUCUGCGCAGCCAGGCCCACAGUAAACCAGCCACAGAAUUACUGACACACCAACACUAUGCUCACCCCCAGCACAGUCACCUCCAGUCAGGAAGCUCCCCAAACAACCCCUUUAGGAGCAGGUUCACCACAGGACAUGAGAGGCCCAACAACAACAAUUUCAGCCCUCCACAGGACAGGCUGACCCUGGGGUUGUUGGGUUCAUUGGGGUCAGGGGUCACAGGCCUGGGUCUGUACGAGGAGAACUUCCCCACCUCGGCAUCCAUCACUCCUCUCCUCACCCCACAGGCCUACUUCUCUUUGAAUGGAAAGAACAGUGAGGAUGCGGGAGAGGAGAACAUUGUGUACCUCUGAGGAAUGACAAGACUGAUGGAAUGAUGGGAGAGAAGUGUGCAGUUCCAACUGCCUUAUGUACAUCUAUCAAUGUACCCCCUCUCUGCCUUUGUGUGUGUGUGUGCAUGUAAAUGUUUUUUUACCAAAAAAAUGGGUUUGAGAUUCGUCCGGAAGCGACGAAACAAAAAAGCAUUACAUUUUUACCUGUAUUGUACUGUAUUGUUUGCAUUUUAAUGUAGGCCUUUAGGGAAGAUAUGCCAUUUGAAUGUUUAUACUGAAACAUUUAAGUUCAUAGCUUGUUUGAUAAGAUUAGUACAGAUUUUCUCAGGGGACACCACUUUGGGCCUUGACCCCAACUUUAGGAACCACUGUACUAACCUCCCUCUCUGCUUGCUCCCUCUUCCAUCUGCUUCCGCCUUGCAGCCUGCCUUAGCCUCACAUCACUGUCUGUAUCAGUAGCUUACUCUAUAAAGCAAAGUUACAACUUUGUGGGGUUUUUUCUCCUGCUGAGGUAGGCUCCAUUUAACGUUAGCUUCUUACUUCAUCCUUCCAGCUGGCUAAGUAAAACUAGCCAGAGCCCUUCAACUUACUGCAAUAAGUCUCUGCCAGCAGAUGGCCACCGGACUGACAUAUCUAUAAGCGACUAUUUACCAGUUGUGCACUCAUUCUCUGAUAAUCGUUUUUUGUUUGGGGGAUGUCUGUAGACGCGGCUGGAGUGCGGGACAGUUAAAUUGCCUUUAGUCUGACAUCUCGCAAACACUGUCAACAUUGUCUCUAGACUAGUUUCCUAUUGAGCCGAUUGCAAGCUGGGGUAGUUAAUUUCACGUCGCUCUCGGCCUGUGCAGCGAAAGGGCAGAGUUAACCGUUUGAGAGAGUGGAGAAUGAGCUGCUAAAAAGGCAAAUCCAGGCGUACAUAAUGGACAAACCACUGUUCAUGAAUCCACUCAUUCGCAAAGAUGCAGGCGUGAUUGGAAUUCAGUCAGAUCAAUGAUAUAAGCAUUCUGAGCUUUGAUCAACGCUGGAGCAAUAUUUAGAUGUUGACCCUUAAUAGAGCUUUAUACACUGAGUAUACCUGUAAUAAUGGAGCUGUGAGUCGGGAAGCAGAUGCAGUUGAAACGUUUAAUAAAAAAAAAAAACAUUUCCAUAUGGCUACACUCCGGUACACAAGAAUAAUACCAACUGGUGAGUGAACAUAGGAGAGUGACUUAAAGGGGAAGAAAUUAUGAAUGAAGUCCAGGUGUGAAUCAUAAUGAUUAACAGGUGCAAGUAAUGAUGAGUGCCAGGUGUGCGUAAUGAUGAAUCCCAGGACCGAUGGUUAGUAUUCCAGCGACGUCGUAUGCCAGAGGGGAGGAGCAAGAGAAGAUGUGACAAUACCAAACAUUAGGAACACCUUUCUAAUAUUGAGUUGCACCUCCUCUUUUGCCCUCAGAACAGCCUCAAUUUCUUAGGUGCAUGGACUCUACAUGGUGUCGAAAGCAUUCGACAGGGAUGCUGACCCGUGUUGACUCCAAUACUUUCAGUUGUGACAAGUUGGCUGGAUAUCCUUUGGGGGGUGGACCAUUUUUGAUACACACGGAAAACUGUUGAAAAACCAAGCAGCGUUGCAGUUAUUGACACACUCAAACUGGUGCACCUGGGACCUACUAUCCAUACCCCGUUCGAAGGCAUUUUAAUCUUUUGUCUUGACCAUUCACCCUCUGAAUGGAAUGCACACAAUCCAUGUUUAAAUUGUAUAGCUUUCACCUGGAUUCACCUUUUUAUUUAUUAUGUCAUGGAAAGAGCAGGUGUUCUUAUUGUUUUGUAUACUUUUUCAUUUUUUGGCCCUCAUAUUUAGCUACUGCCAUGACUGAAAGUAUGAUCUUUAAGAAAAUACAGGUGUAUAUUGCCCAUUUUUGAGUUCCUGUAUGUAAUCAGAAAUAAGUGCCUGUUCGUACACACUGUUAGAAGUAAACCUGCCUGGAAGAACCUUUUUGAGCGGAACCUUUCCAGUUCAGAGGUUGUUUGAGGAACCCCUCUUCGAGGAACCCCUGUGUAAAGGUUCAAACCGGAACCUUUUUGUGAUGGGAGGGGUUCAAUUCUGAAUCAAUUUAAUAAUAUACGAUAGGGCCUCUCGAGUGGCGCAGUGGUCUAAGGCACUGCAUCACUACAGCCCAAGUUCGAUCACGGGCUAUAUCCCAAUCGGCCGUGAUCAGGAGUUCCAUAGAGCGGCCCAGCGUCGUCCGGGUUAGGGGAAAGUUUGGCUAGGGGGCUUUACUUGGCUCAUUGCGCUCUAGAUCCUCCUUGUGGCGGGCCGGGCACCUGCAGGCUGACCUCGAUCAUCAGGUGAACAGUGUUUCCUCCAACACACUGGCUUCCGGGUUAAGUGGGCGGGUGUUAAGAAGCGCGGUUUGGCGGUUCAUGUUUCAGAGGUUGCAUGAUUUGACCUUCACCUCCCGAGCCUGUUGGGGAGUGGCAGCAAUGAGACAAGAUUGAAAUUGGGGAGAAAAAGGGGGUAUAUAUAUAUAUAUAUAUAUAUAUUGUAGAGGUGGCAGCCUAUUUGAAGAUUUGAGGCGUGGUUUCAGAUAGUUAUUUUUGGGCACCCAUUACAUUAAAUGUUAUUCCUGUUAAACAUGUUAAGUUUGUACACUGCAAAUUUCAAAUUUCCUUCAAUAUUUAUGCAUGUUACAUAUUCUAAUAUAAUAUUAAUAAGAAUUUCAUCAUAAUAAUAUAAACAUAGCUGAUUACAUAUAGUAAUAAAUUGUAACUAUUCCAACUUUGGGAAUUGCGUAGGCUCUCGAGGAACUCCUAAAUCUCUGUACACCUCAAUGAAGCUACAAAACUGUCAGUGUUCAACUUUAACAUUUGAUGACAAUAGGUAUGAACAGAAAUUACAUUUAAAAAAUAUAUAAAUCGUAUAGCCACGCCCUUACUAAGCCACGCCUCCACUACAUGGUUCCUCCAGGAACCUGUUGUUACAUUGCAACGUUAAAGGUUCCUCCAAGGAUCUUUCAACUAACCAAAGGUGCAAAUAUUGACUAGCAAAUAUUGACUAGCAAUGAUUCCUUGAGGAACUCCAGGUGAUCCUUGAGGAUCUCCGGGAUUCCUCGAGUCGCCAUUAAUUCUAGGAGUGCAGUAUGUGUUCUAUGUAAGUAACCCUCUCUUUAGUGGAUACUCAAACCAAUUUUCCUUUGUGCCCAAAAGCUCCUUAAAACUAUAGGUAUUUUAAUUUGGUGCCAAUUUGUGUUAUUGUGCUUUCCUUGUCAAAACUAGUUGCACUUUUAUGAUGGUCUUAAUUUCCCUCGUUGAAAUACAGGAUUGCAGGGCACUCCCAUAAGAGGUUAGGACACACUCUCAUAAGUGUUAAAGGUGUAGUUUGUUCAAAAACUAUAUUUUAGUAUUUUGUUCACUAAUCAGCUGUUAAAAAAGUCAGCAGUUAAGUUUUCAAGAUAAAGCACUUUCAGUGCACAGCAAAAAGAUGUAACAAAACAAUUAACUGACGGCAUGCACAUUUUGGGGGGAGUUUUUGGGAUCUCUUUGAGUUUUUAUCUACUAGGGGCAAGGGGAAGAUGUGGGGGGGUGCUGUGAUCUUGUUGUUGUUGCAUGCGCUAUAGAUGGCUAUAUCGGUCCGCUAAUACAGGACUAGUAAAGGCCAAGUGCACUACUUUUGUGGAAAUGUUUAUUAAUAUUUUUAUUUUUAUCCUGAUUUUUUGCAGGGUGCUGCAGCACCCUCAGCACCCAUACUCUGCUAUGUGCCAAAUGUCCAUUGUCAAGGUGUAGUGUGUUUAAUAGAGCUUGCUUAUUACUCUAAAGAGAAAAUACAGAUUACAUGUUGGUUUGUUUGUUAUUUAUUGUGACGUAUUCAUGCACUGUCAGAGUGGUUGGGUUAAAUGCGGAAGACACGUCGUAUAAUGUUAUGUUUUUGUUGAUGUUGUGUAAUAUGGAUGUUUUCCCCCUUAAGUUGUAAUAUAUGUAUAAUUGAAAGAAACCUGUGCCUUGUUUCCAUAUUAACCAUAUACCAUAAAAUGCAUAA